UAAAAGCAGUGAACUUUGGGGCUACCAACAGUUGAGAACUCAAGUUUUAACGGAGAGGUCAAAAUGAAGACAUCUGUUAUUUUAGCUCUGUUUGGCUUUGUACUCGCUGUCGGCUUUUCAGUCGCAGUAACUGAAAAUGAGCUGGCCGAGAUAACAGAUGAAUUUGAAGCAGGAAAACUUCGAGGUGAGUACGACAUGAAAGAGAACGAUGAAGAGUUCGAUGCAGAAGACCUAGAGGACAAUGAUGUGGCAAUCCGCAGAAGUGAAAGCGAAGUGGCGGCCGAAGACGAGGAGUUUGAUGAAAGAGCAUUCGAUAAUGACGAUGAUAGAGACGAAGUUAGUGACGAAGGUGACGUAACAGCAAUGGAAAAGUCAGCUGACCCCUUUAUUCGCUUUAGACGUAUUGGACGCAGAAUAGGACGUAGGAUCAGACGUCGUGUUCGUCCUGUUCGUCGAACAAUUCGUCGUGCAAUACGUCGUGGUCGUCGUAUAAUUCGUCGUUUUCGCGGCUAACGCGGCCAAGGAAGACCAUUUCAGUGAAACAGGUCUUGAUGAAUACCAACCUCAAACAUGCAUGAGUGGAGAACUUGGAACAACUAAUAGGGCAGUUUUUAUGUUUCGGAGUAUUGUAAUGCUUCUAGAAAGUAAAAUUCCCCCCCCUGCUGAUAAAGUAUAAUGAGGAGGAAUUAAUGUAGAAGUAGUUAAAGAAAAUGUUGUGAUUUGCUAUAAGUUUGCGUCAAUUGAAAUAA